AUGGCACCAGGAAACCAAACAAAAUUCAUUGAAUUUAUCCUCCUGGGAUUUUCUGAGACACCAGAGCAACAAGGGACCAUCUUUGGGCUGUUCUUGGGCAUGUACUUGGUCACUGUAUUUGGAAACAUACUCAUAAUGUUGGCUGUUGGCUUUGAUUCUCACCUCCACACCCCCAUGUACUUCUUCCUUUCUAACCUGUCCUUUGUAGAUCUUUGUGUGGUAUCUACCACGGUACCCAAGAUGUUAGUGGGCAUCUUGACACAAAACAAGGCCAUCUCCUAUGCUGGCUGCCUUGCCCAGAUGUACUUCUUUAUAGUUUUUGUUGGUUUGGACAAUUUCCUUCUCACUGCAAUGGCCUAUGACCGUUUUGUGGCUAUCUGUCACCCUCUGCGCUAUACAUACAUCAUGAGUCCUGAGUUGUGCUGCCUGAUGGUGCUGCUCUCCUGGAUACUAAGUCUUCUCAACACCCUCCUUCACAGUCUGAUGGUGACAAGGCUCUCCUUCUGUACAGGCCAUGAAAUCCAGCACUUCUUUUGUGAUCUUGAUCAAGUUCUAAAACUCUCAUGUUCUGACACUCUUAUCAAUUAUGUCUUGCUAUAUAUUUUAGCUGGUCUGCUUGGUAUUCUCCCCCUCACAGGGAUUCUCUUCUCAUAUAGUCAGAUCUUUUCUUCCAUUUUGAAAGUCCCAUCUGCUGGGGGUAAGUACAAAGCAUUUUCUACCUGUGGAUCUCAUCUCUCUGUUGUUUCCUUAUUCUAUGGCACAGCGAUGGGAGUGUAUUUCAGCUCCUCAGUGACCCAGUCUUCCUGGAAGAGUACAGUUGCCUCAGCAAUGUAUGCUGUGGUCACCCCCAUGCUGAACCCCUUCAUCUAUUGUCUUAGGAACAAAGAUAUAAAAGGUGCCCUGUGGAGACUCAUUAGCAGAAUAUGCUCCUCUCAGUGAAAGAACCUAGUCCUGGCAAGGUGGUUGAGGUAUUUGUGGGAAAAUAUUGGAAAGCAAAAACACUAAAUUCCUCACAAAUCACAAGUUUCCUACCCUCAUGUCUCUCUCUGGACCUAUUUACUGUAAUGGAACAUGAUCUUAUUCUUCAUGGCCUCUAUUCCUGGAUUUUCCCCAAUAUUAACUUCUGUAAUAACACCUAUGGCUUCCUCAGAACAUCGUCCAACUCAUAAAAUUGUAGGAUACAGAGUGACAAGCCCAGGGUUUUUAGUCCUCUGACUACCACUUAUAAGUUGUAUGCAUUGGCCAUGUCACGUCAUGCUUUUGUGCCUUAAUAUUUUCAUUUCCAAAAGAGGAAUUGGAAAAUCUGCUUUGACUAACUGACCUUUAUUUUUCUUCAUAUCAAAGAAAAUGAUGGAAAAUAAAAUGCAAUAUACUAGACAAUAUAAAAUAGUUUUGAUUCUAUAUGCCAAGACAAAUAUGGGAAUUAUGUGAAUAGAAUUACAAAAUACUUUCCACACAAAUAAAGUUACAUCUAAGCAAUUGGAAAAACAUCAAAUGAUUUUGGGUACACUGAGCUAAUAUAAUAAAAAUGACAAUCCUACCUAAAUUAAUUUGCUUACUCAGUGCCAUUCUUAUUAAACUACCAAGAAACUUUUUUACUGAAUUAGAAAAAAUAAUAACAAAAUUCAUCUGGGUGAACAAAAGGUCUAGAAUAUC